AUGGUACUGUCCAGAGCGGUUAAGAAGGCUGUGGGGAAGCUUGAAAAAAGGCCAGCUGAGGCGCCCAAAACUUCCAUGGACAUGGUCUUAACCUUAGCAGAAGCCAUUAGGUUCGGUUAUGCAGAGACACUCGGCAAAUGGAGCUUCUUGGACUUGCCAAGAGCCAUCCUUUAUACUAUCAUGGAAAAGGGUAAGAAAACAGUUGCAAUAGAAUGUAAAGAAAGAGACGAUUGUGUAGAACUGAAAGAUCCCGAAAUAUUAAAGGAGUUGUAUGAGAUCAAAAAAUGCUUGACACGCACCAUGCUUUUCAGCAAAAAACGCUUCCGUUCCUUUCUAUUUGCUGCUGGAUUCGUUAAGGGAGAUGUUCUCCUCCGGAAAAGAAGAGCUCGGAUUCUGAAGCCUGCUUUCACAGUGAUACGUGAUAAAGAAUCAAAAUGUUUGUUCCUAUUCAUUCGAGGAACUCGAAGCGUAAAAGACACUCUGACGGAUGCAAUCGGUGCUCCCGUUUCCUUCAAUCAUUUCAUUUACAGUGAUGGUGAGCUGAAAAGGAACAACGUGAUUUCAGGACAUGGGCACCGUGGUAUGGUUGCUGCAGCUCGUUGGAUCAAAAAACACUGCACUCCUAAACUUCUUGAUGAACUUCGUCAAUUCCCCGAUUUCCAAAUCAAGAUAGUUGGACACUCACUUGGUGGUGGCACUGCUGCAUUGUUGACAUAUAUGCUUCGAGAAAUAAAGCAGUUCUCUUCAUGCACUUGUGUCACCUUUGGCCCAGGUUUUGAUAUAGCUGAAUCAUCUCAUGAUCUUUAG